AGUUUUGAUGAAGAAACGAAAGUGAAACAGAACCGGACCCGAACCCGGCAAUAAUACAGUCGAAAACUGAACCAACCGGACUCAGCAUGGGGGACACCGAGCUCCCUCCGGUCACCGUGGAGGGGGACUGGAGUCCGGACCAGAACCGAACCAUGAAGAACAAACUGCAGAUUUACUUCCAGAGUAAGAAGAAGUCGAGCGGAGGAGACUGUCGGGUGGAGGCGGAGGACGGAGCUCCGAGAGCCGCUGUGUUCUUCCGCUCCGAGGCCGUCAGGGAUCGGGUCCUCGCCAGGAAAAAUCAUGAAAUCCUUCUGGAAAACCGAACGUUGAUUCUCCGUCUGAGUUCUGGACUUUUGGAGAACCCGACGAACAGCGACGGCGACUCAGAUCCAAAGAUUCCGAAGUCAGAACCAGAACCAGAACCGUCUGCAACCAAACGAAACAACUCGAAGUCCACUCACAGACCUGCUGUCGUGUUGGAGAACGUUUCGGAGAACCUGACCCGAGACCUGCUGCUGAUGCUGGUGGAGAACAUCUCCAAGUUGGACGAACACAACUUCAGUCUGGAGAUCAUCUGGGAAUCCAAAAUGGCCGUGGUCAUCUUCAACAACCCUGCAGAUGUGGAAAAGUUCAUCCCUGCGAGUCAGAACCACUCAACGAUGCGUAAACAUGGACUGAGCGCUCGAGCCCUGGAAGCAGCGACGGGUGUUCGAGUGGAAGGUCUUCCUCAGAAGGACGUUAAAGACCUACUGGAGCUGUGGUUUGAGAAGCACUGGGUGCUUCCUGACAAAGUCCUCAUGGUCCCUGAAGAGCAAGCUGCCAUUGUCACCUUCGGUGACCCUAAAGAUGUGGAAGACAUCUGCAGGAAAGAAGACCACAUCAUGCGGUCCAUCCCUGUCAAGUUGUAUCCGUACUACGAAUCCCUGGGGACCGCCUUGUAUGGCAAAGGGAGACCUUCAUGGAAGAUGCCGGAUUCCUUCACAGUGAAGGUCCACCCUGUGAUCUGGAAGUUCCUUCUGAUGAAGGGACUGUUGGGAAGCAUCAACGAUCAGAUGCAUCCACACUUCUGCAGCGUAGCACUGGACGAUCCCGAAGUGGAACUGAGCCCUCUGCCGAGCCUUUUGAGGCAGAAAGGUCUGACAGCUAAAGAUGUAGCGGUCUGGUCCAAGACCGCCCGGGAGGCCUUCUGUCGCCUGAUGUCUCAGUACUCUGCCUUUGAAUGUGACGUGAACACAGAUGCUUGGAAAUCUGCAGAGAAAGAAGUCCGUUUGGUCGUAAAGGAAGAUGCCAUAUUGGUCUUUGAUGCAUCCAAGGAGGUUCUGAUCGUCGCCGGUCGAGCUGACGACAUAAAGACGAUCAGGGCUCCGGUCGAAAACAUCGUUCUUAAAGCCGCGAGCGUCAUUGAACGGAGCACCAAAGGUAUGAGUGAGACAAUGCUUUUAUCUCCUGAAAGGUUCUACAUCCUGAAGCAUGAAGGGCUGCUGAAAGCUGCCUCAGACAUCUCCUCUGAGAUGGAGCUCUCCUACAAUGAAGGAACACAAACACUGACCAUUAAAGGACUCACUGAAGAGGUGUUGAGAACCAAAAACUGGAUCUUGGAGAAGAAUACGUUCAUUAUGGAAAAACAGCUGAAUAUCCCACCAGGCCUCCUGCAGUACCUUGGGACCAUGGACCCAGUGGAGAUGUCUAAGAACCUGUUUGCGUCUCAUAACAUCAGUGCCGUCUUCCGCAUUGACAGCAACAGGGUUACCCUGACCGGGAGUUCUGGCAAAGCCCUAGCUGAUGCAGAGAGUAAGAUGAAAGCAGAUUUACUCGUUCGGACCCUGGAUGUGAAAGACGCGACGGUUCUGACCCGUCAGGAGUGGACGGACCUGAACAAAGAGCUGUUAGACACCUUCAACUCUUCCGACAGGAGAACCGUAAACAUUUGGGUCUCAGAGGGAGGAGGCAAAGUCACGGUGGCCGGCUUUGUCCACCCGGUCAAAGAAGUCUGCAGCAGUUUGAACGAGUUCAUCAAGAACUACUCUCAAGUUCAAGAAAGCAUUCGCGUCGAGUCCUGUGCCGUUGUUCAGUUCAUCGAGAGGAAAAAGUCCGACGUUUGGUUGAGCAUCGCCAAAGAUCAUGGUGUGUCAGUCAAACUCGACCCAGAAAGACCAAAGAUCGUCGUCGGUGGGGCUCGUCUUCAUGUCCAGAGAGCGAAAUCCUGUCUCCGCGAACUCGCCGGUGCGCUCUGUGCCGGCACCUUAACUGUGGACAAACCUGGAGCUAAGAAGUACUUCCUGUCCCAAGGACACUUAUUUCUGUCAUCAGCAUUGUCUGAGUUGGGCUGCGUGGUGGUGCUUCGGCCCGAGAUUCAAGACGAAGAGGAAGAUGAAGAGGAUGGUGAAGAAGAGGGUGGAGUGUGUUACUGCAGCGUGCGGACCUCCAGUGGAGUUGUUGUUUCCGUCAGCAGGGCGGAUAUCUGCAGCCUCAAACUUGAUGCGGUGGUGAACGCUGCCAACGAGGAUCUGCAGCACAUCGGCGGCUUGGCUUUGGCGAUGCUCAAGGCUGCAGGACCACAGCUGCAGAAGAUCAGCAAUGAUCACGUGGCUAAAAAGGGAAAGGUACAGGCGGGUAAAGCCGUCCUAACCGAUGCCUUCAACCUGCCCUGCAGGUACGUUGUGCACGCAGUCGGACCGCGGUUCUCAGAGUAUGACAGGAGGACUUCAGUGUCUCGCCUAAAGUCUGCAGUUAGAGAAAGUCUGAGACAAGCUGAGAUGGUUAACUGCUCCACCAUCGCCCUGCCCGCCAUCAGCUCGGGUGUGUUUGGUUUUCCGGUUCCGCUCUGCACCGAAACCAUAGCCCAGGCGGUCCGGGACUACUGCGAUAGUCCCCAAGGUCCAAGAUCGCUAACGGAGAUUCACCUGGUAGACAACAACAGCGACACCGUCAGGGUCAUGGCCGCAGCCGUCAAGAAAGAGUUCAGCGACCUGGAGCCGACCAUGAGCAUCCCCAAGGAGAUGAGCAGGAAGAGCAAGAGAGCUGCAGGUGGACAUCAGCGGGGUGGAGGCAGUCCCAGUAAGAGUCCAUCAUCGCAAGGAGCAGGAAGAGGAGGGUUUCAGGGAGAUCAUCAGGUGAACAGAGGAGUUCAGAGGUCAUACAGCAGGGAGGAUGGAGGGUCAGGAAGGAUGGAGCAGAUCACGCCUGAUGGUCUGAAGAUCGUACUGCGUAUGGGAAACAUUCAGAACCAGAGCACUGACGUCAUUGUUAACACCAUAGCCGACAACAUGGACCUGACCCAGGGAGCCGUUUCUCGGGCCAUCGUGGAGGCGGCCGGUGACCAGCUCCAGGCCGCGGUUUACUCCGAAUCCGAAACGUCCACGCGACAGCACGGUGACGUCGUCAUCACCGAUGGCUUCAAUCUCAGGUGUCGGAAAGUUUUCCACGCCGUUUGUCCACCUUGGGAUGGCGGUGGCGGCCAGGCGGAAAAGGAUUUAUCAUCCAUCAUCACUUCCUGUCUGGAGCAGGCUGAGAGGCGUCGGAUGGCCUCUCUGUGCUUCCCAGCCAUCGGAACUGGAAACCUGGGCUUCCCCAGAGAAUUGGUGAUCAGAAUCCUGCUGGAGGAGAUACAGGUGUUCAGUCGGAGGAGGACCCCUCAACAUCUGGAGGAGGUGGUGAUCAUGGUUCACCCCAGCGACCAGAAAACAGUUGACAGCUUCACCAGAGGGUUCUCCGGUCAGACGGGUCAGAGGAACGUCCAACAUGAAGACGAGGAGGACUUUAGUAGAUCUGCAGCUCCGCGGGCUUCCAGCCAUGGACGGAACGUCUCAGACACCUUCAGCCCCGUCUUGUCCCCCUCCCUCGGUGUGUACCAGAUGCAGAUGGGUCAGCUCACCUUGGAGGUGUCAUCCGGUGACAUCACCAAGGAGGCCUGUGAAGUCAUCGUCAACUCGUCCAAUCAGAAGUUUGACCUUUAUGCAGGAGUUUCCAAGGCGAUCCUAGACAGCGCCGGAGUCAAGGUUCAGCAGGAGUGCUCAGCCAUCGUGAGUGCUCAGGGUUACAUGCCUCGUGCGAUGAUCCUCACCUCAGCCGGUCAGCUUCCCUCCAGAAACAUCGUCCACAUCGUCGGUCAAAACGAUCCCUCAAGGAUUAAGGAGAUGGUUUAUGGAGUCCUGAAGUUCUGCGAGGACCACAAGUUCUCUUCUGUUGCUUUCCCAGCUCUGGGAACAGGUCAGGGAGGCGCGAGCCCGUCUGCGGUGGCCGACGCCAUGGUUGGUGCCGUGGUGGACUUUGUGAGGAAGAAGAAGCAGAAGUUUGUUUGCAGCGUGAAGAUCCUGAUAUUCCAGACGAUCAUGAUAAAGGAAUUCUACAGUAACAUGAGGAAGAGGUCAGGAGAGGAAGUGGAGAAGGGACUCAUGGGAAAGAUCAAAGACUUUUUCGGAAUUGGGUCAGAGCAGCAAAGACCUACUAAUUUGGUUCUGGAGAAGGAGGAGUUUGAGGCGGCGGUGUUUCAGCUGUGUGCCGAAACCGAAACGGCCGUGAGUGAGGCCAAGAAACGGAUCAGCAAUCUAAUUUUGGCCGAGCAGGCAAAGAAAACCAUCUCUGAUCAGCUUAUUAGUCAGUUCAGCCACGCUGACGUGGAGGAGCUUCAGUCGCUCCAGAAGGAGCUGACCGUGAACAUCCGUCUGGAGACAGGACGGGAAGACCAAGAAUCAAAGAUCCACCUGGAGGGUCUGACCAGAGACGUCUUCAAGGCCGAGUCAGCCAUCAGGGACAUCAUCCGGAAGGUGGAGAAGACGGAGAAUAUGAGGAGCAGAGCUAAACUAGUGAGUAAACUGGUGGAAUGGCAGUACCAGGACCCUAACGGUUCAAAGGUUCCCUUUGACAUCAUCACCAACCUUCAGCUGGAGGAUGCUUUAGAUAAACACCCAACUGUGAAGAUAAAAAUCGGAAACAAAACGUUCAUCGCAGACCCGAAACUCAAGAAAGCUUAUUUACCGAAUGGGCAGAACCAGCUGGAGCUGCUGAGAAAAGACCUGAAAGCGUCUGGUGCUCCUCUACCUCCUCACUGGGAGGACAUGAAGGGGGACAUCGUGAAGCUGUUUCCUGUGACGGUGGGAACGACGGAAUACAACACCGUGAUGGGAGAAGUUACUAAGAACGGACUCGCUCCAAACGUCAUCAGUGUCGAACGGGUCCAAAACACGACGCUGUGGCAGAGUUUCCAGCUGCUGAAGAAACAGAUGGAGGUGAAGAACAACCACGCCAACAACGAGAGGCUCCUGUUUCACGGCACUGCUUCCAAAUCCACCGACCUCAUCAACUCUAAGGGCUUCAACCGGAGCUACGCAGGAAUACACGGUGCGAUGUACGGUAAAGGCUCCUACUUUGCUGUGGACCCUGCAUAUUCAGCAGGAAACUACGCCAAACCUGACAGCAAAGGACACAAGCGCAUGUACCAGGCCCGGGUUCUUGUUGGAGAUUACACCCAGGGAAGUGGUACCAUGAUCACCCCUCCUGCCAAGUCUACGAAUCCCGCAGACCUGUACGAUAGCGUCACAGAUAGAGCCAAUAAUCCAUCCAUGUUUGUUGUCUUUAAUGAUAUUCAGGCAUACCCAGAAUACCUGAUCACGUUCACAUGAACCAGUAGGUCUCAUAAAACAUUUGUGAUAAAGAAAUAACCUCCUCUAUGUAAAUUAGACAAUAAAACGCUGAAAUGAAAGGAUUUUGAACGUUUCCUGAAGGUGUUGUUGGCUUCUAAAUAAACACUGAUGUGUAA